AUGGCUUUCACGCUUCAGGAGCGGCUGCAGCUGGGAAUUCACGGCCUGCUUCCUCCUUGCUUCUUGAGCCAAGACGUCCAAGUUCUCCGUGUCAUGAAAAACUACGAGAACAAAUCUAGUGAUCUAGAUAAGUACAUUGUCCUUAUGACAUUACAAGACCGGAAUGAGAAGCUUUUUUACCGGGUGCUGACCUCCGACAUCGAGAGGUUCAUGCCCAUCGUCUACACGCCGACGGUCGGGCUGGCUUGUCAGCAGUAUGGUUUGGCUUUCCGGAGGCCACGGGGAUUGUUUAUCACCAUUCAUGACAAAGGACAUAUUGGAACAGUGCUAAACUCUUGGCCUGAAGAAAAUAUUAAGGCUAUCGUGGUGACAGAUGGAGAGAGGAUUCUCGGAUUAGGAGAUCUAGGAAGUUAUGGCAUGGGUAUCCCAGUGGGGAAGCUUGCUUUGUACACGGCUUGUGGUGGAGUUCACCCACAACAGUGUCUCCCUGUCCUGCUGGAUGUUGGCACAGACAAUGAGGCUCUCCUGAAUGAUCCACUCUAUAUCGGACUGAAACACAAGAGGGUUCGUGGGAAACAAUACGACGAACUGAUUGAUGAGUUUAUGCAGGCAGUGACCAACAAGUAAGUGGGAUUAUGUACAUGCCUCCUCCGAGCUGCUUCUAUUUAA